UUGGAUAUUACUCUCUUAAAAUUUUCAUACAUACCACGAUGGUUUUAUGCCCAUCAAUCUCUCAGAAAGAUUUGACACCAUAAAGAAGCAUUGGCAACCCUUAAAAAUGCAUCAAGUAACUAUUAACAACAUCUAGCACUUUUACACCCGCACCGAAAGGGCAACAAGUACGGUUAUGAGUAUUUAGUCAGCCAGGGGCAAAGUGCGACAUGUGCGACAUUGCGAGAGCAGCAGGAAAAGCACACUGAGCUUUUACAAUUUUUCACAUAGUUGUCGGCCGCAUCGGCUAAACAGCGCUCAGUCAGUUUUCAAUUAAUUGUGGAGCGGUUCGUUAAUGGUUACACGCUAGUAAAGACGUUGACAAAUAUACAACGGUAGAGACACUACCAUAUAAUGCUUUGUUUGUGUGUUACUUAAAUCAUAUGUAAUAUGUUAAUAUAUACAUAUAUAUAAUAUAUAAUAUAUAAAUAUAUAUAUAGUAUAAUAUAUCAUAAAUAACUGUAAAAGUAACCAACGUUGCUUUUGCUUGUGGACCCUGUGAUAAUUUAAUAAAGCAAUCGAAAGAAAAUUGCUUCUGCUGUUUACAUAUUUAUUAUUCAUUUGGGUCCAAGCACAGCGUGUAGAUAACCGAGUUUGAUAUAUCCGAUAUAGCUGGCCACAGAUGUGAAAACAGCUUUCCAGCGUUUUUCGUGAAAAUUUUCGUUUCGCUUGCUGCUCGAUUGUGUCGCUAAUGUUUUAUUUCGCGUUUCUUUUGCUUUAAAUACGCGCGUAUUUGACGACUUUAUUAUAUAGUCUUUAUAUUCUGAUUAAGGGCCCAUUGAUUGGCGAGCGUCGGGCGGAAAGUAUCAAGGUUACUACAGUGACAUUCGCAUUCGUUUUAUAAUUAAACAUAGGGCGGUACGAAAAUGGGGCGAAAAGAUAAAUAAAAAAUCAGAUUGAAAUCAUCUUAGCUCUUCAUCUCUGUGAGUGCGCUUUUAUUACUCAAUUAUCACUGUUUGCUUAAUAAAAUGUGCAAUUAUUUAAAUACACAAAAAUUGCAUGGUUAAGUGGGCUUUCUGUUAUUACACUCUUAAAAUAAAUAUAUAUGUAGCUAAUAAAUAAUAUUACCAUAAUAAUACUAAAAAACUUGUGUCGCACCUGUAUUCAACAAAUUGACAACAAACAAGCCAUUACACGAAAUAUUUGACGCAGUUCGCAACUAAAGUGAAGUACAACAAUAACUACAAAACAUAUACGGGAGUUUAAGCUAAAACACGGGAUAAAGCAAUCGCUGAAUUAAAGCGCCUGCACGGUCGUCCACGAACAACCCACAACCACACACACGAACCUACCGAGAAUGCAAACAACAAAUCAAAACACUUGUGAUACCGCCGAAACUAGCAUAGCAACAACAAAAACAGAUAGCGAAAUUGAUACAACAGCAACAACAACAAUCAGCACCACCAACACACAAAACGAAGCUUUUGCAAACUAUAAUGUUGUUUUAGACAAUCUUUGUGUACAACACAACAAUCUUAACGAAUUAGUAGUAAACACUACAACAACACAUAUAAAGGAAGAACUAUUAGUCACACCGAUGGACCAGCGACCGCAAUUGGAUGAGGACAAUGAGAACUGUGUGAUUGAUAUAGCCACAAUGCAAAUCGCUGACGAUAGCAAUAAUACUGUCACGAUGCCAGCCUUAAGUGGCGGCAGCAACAACAAAUGCAGCUAUACAAAUGAGCAUAGUGAGCCUAAAGGUGAACGGAUAGAGGGUGAUGCGAAAGGUGAAAUCGAUAUAGCAGCAAAUGCGGAAAUCGAAAGUGAUGGCGAUGGUGAAGAAGAGGGCGAAGAUGAUAAUGAGGCGGAAGUGGUAAACGAAUAUAUGAAUGAAAUUGAGAUCAGCAAAGUCGAUGAAGAGCAAAUCAUCACCGAGCUGGUGGAUGCCAGUGGACAACAGAGCUGCACGGAAGCUAAGCAAAGCAACGGUAUGCGUGUCGCUUUCGGUAUAAUUUUAAGACUAAUGUUGCCACUUGCUAACAGUGUAAUGCGCAGGUUUAUGGGUAUAAGCGAUGUGCGGUUUCAACGUAUACUAAAACCAAUAACUUCCAGUCGUCAAGUGCUCACCAAUCUAAUGGCAUUUGCUGCCAAUUCCAUAUCGCUGAACUUGUCGUCGGUGCACGAUUUUAGCUAUACUAAAUCCAAACGAUUCUUAAAAAAUUUUUCACAGCGCAUAGAACCGAUAUUGAAGCUUCUCAAAAUACGACAAUCGCGCGAUGGUGUCGAAAGUCUUCCCGAUACACCUUCCAUCGAUAUUGCUGCAUGUUAUACAACAGCUACACCAUCGCCGACUCCAACAACACCCGGCACGCCGACUAUGCCUAUAUUCUCCCCCUUUCUAAAUGAACCUUCCAUAGUUAUGGCAAAUUUUUCGACGGAUAAGCGAAAAAACGCGGUGCCACACACUCCGGCACCAAAAUGUUGCACGAUAAAAAUAUUGGCAGAACCGCCACCUGGUCAGCCUAUACGCGCCGACAUUGUGUUCAUACACGGACUGCACGGUUCAUUAGUGAAUACAUGGAAACAGGGACUUUGGGAAAACGAGCGCCAACCUGAAAAUUUCGAACGACCACCAAAGCCACCUGUGAGGCCACCGAAGCGGCCAAAACAUUCUCGAACUGCCUUACUACAUCCGCCACACAGGCAAAAACGUGCAAGAUUUGCGCAAGGCGAUCCGAGUCAACGCGUCACACUGGAGGCAAUGGAGUCUGAUCAAAUCCACGAUUUAGAUGACGGCUUUUUCGAUGCGACUGAGCGUGAAUUGAAAGAGGGUGUCUCAUAUGUUUGUGGCGCGCCAGAAGAUAUACAAAAUUGUGAUGGCAUAGAGUACAGUUUUCCCACAUUCCGACUGCGUUUGAACGAUAAUGGUCGGCUGCUGCAAGGUCAAUUCGACAAGAUGCACGAUAGUCCUAUGGAUGGUUGUGCCGGUGAGCCACAUAUGAGUCAAACACCGCCUGUCACUGAUAGUACCAAGGCGAAAGGAAAAGCCAAACCUUCGGCUAAUGAUCCAAAUUAUUCAAAAUGUUGGCCCGGUGAUUGGCUGCCCUUGGACUGCCCCGGUGUACGCGUUAUCGCCGUCAACUAUACCACCGAUCAAUAUUUAUGGCGUCCCUUGUGGAAAAAGAAGGAGCCACGUUCGAACCUCAUAGAGCGUGCUCGUGAAAUGACCGAGUUGCUGAUAAAACAUCGCAUCGGUUGUGGUCAACCGAUUGUGUGGGUGGGUCACUCCAAAGGUGGCCUGUUUAUCAAGCAAAUCAUAGUCAAUGCUUGGGAAAGUGGACGUCCGGCAGUGGCGCCGCUCUGGCGCUCUUCGCGCGGUGCCUUUUUUUAUUCGGUCCCGCAUCGUGGUUCACAUUUGGCUUGCAUUAAAGCGCCGCUGCUGGCACGCUCUGUCGAAAUGUUGGACAUUGAGAAGAAUAACAAAUAUUUAUUGGAUCUGCAUCGACGCUUUGCGGGCCUCUAUCAUUUGGGCCAUAUUAAAAUAGAGGUAUUCAGCUUUGUGGAGACGGCGUUGACACUGAUGUCGGUUCUUUAUCUGCGCAUUGUCGGAGUGGAUUCAGCAGAUCCUGGAUUUGGCGAUGUAUGCGGCAUACGCUUGGAUCAUCGUGAGAUUUGCAAGCCACGCAGCAGAGACUGCAUUCUGUACAAAGAAUUAGUUAAAAUGAUUAAAAAAGUGUAUUAAAAUUAAGAACACAUUUUAAAAUUAGAAACCGCGUAACUAAAUGGAAACUGUUAGUACCUUAUUGUUUUAAAGUAUAUUAGUGUGGAUAAUGCUUAAAAAUUGUGGAAGUAAAUACACAUUUUGCCAUAAAAGGUAAAAAUAAAAAACUGUAAAAGCAAAAAUUAUAAUAAAUAUAAAAAUUAUAAAUUGUAUUCGAGAGCUUAUGUGUUAACCAUACACAUAUUUAUGUUCUACAAAAAAGCAAAGCGUUAAACUCUCCACACACACACACGUAUGCGUAUAUAUGUAUGUAAGUGUAUAAGUGUAUUUACACCCAGCACAUUAACUUACCGUUAAGCUCACACUUUGCUACUCAACGAUUGCCAUUUUUUAACUAUAGAUACUUAUAUAAACUACUAUAUACUAUGAUAUAUGUAUAUAUUUAUAAAUAUAUAUUUAAUAUACAAAAAUAUAUGUAUUUGCGUUUAUUACAAAUGUUUUGAUAAUUAUAUUUUUCUAAGCGUUAAUUUUUGUUAUGUAAAAUACUAUAUACAAUAAAUAUAUCUUCCGUAAAUAAGUUGAAUGCAUAUAUACUAUAUAAUAUACGUAAUAUUCUACAUAAGCAUGUGAAAUAAGCUUUUAGUUUUGUCUAAAUUUUUUGUUUUAUAAAAAUGCAUGGCCAUCAGGGAUAAGAACCGUUAUUUAGUGAUUGGAUUUUGUGAUCAGCUCAAUAAGAUGUGAUUUGUAUCAAAGAAAAGAAUAGCAUAGAACAAAAUAUAUAUGUAGAUAGGAAUGAUAUUUUCGCCAGAUAUUGUAUGUGUAAUGACAAAAUACAUACAUAUGUAUCUAAGCAAUUUAGUUAAGUACUUACUGUAAUUAUUCUUUUUCCUUUUACACACUAUUAAACGCAAGUAUCUAAAAGCUUUGCUGAUCAUUAUAUAUAUCAUUAGGUAUAUACAUAUAUACAAAUACAAAUAUGUUGGUACGUAAAUAAUAUUAACUUUAAAAAAAUUUGAAUUUAUUAAUGUCAAUACUGUAAGAAAUACUUUGCCACUAAUUCUUUAAUAACGCUUAUAUAGGUUAACUGUACAUGCGUUUUAUAAAAUCAUAUAUUUAAUAAAAAAUUUAUUUUACAAAAACGAAAAA